CGCGCGUGGUUACGAUUGCCAUGCGUGUCGGCUAGGUUAGGUUCCUCGUGGCACGCGAGACGUGUUGCUGAUGCGCGGGCAACGAUACCGAUUUGCCGCCGACAAACGCGAUCCUGGAACAGUGACCGACCGGUCAGUCUCCCGGGGGAGAGAGAGAUAACGUAAUCUAACCUAAUCCCCGGCGUGGAGCGGCGCGACGGCGCGUCCGCGUGUUGUCGUGCCGAACGUGAGGCGGCGGUGAGGUUAGGCGGGACCAUGGCGAAGCACCUGAUACAGAUCCUCGUGAUGGGCACGCAGAUAAUCGGCAAGGCGUUCGCGCGCGCGCUGCGCCAGGAGAUCGCGGCGAGCCAGGAGGCGGCGCGGCGGGCCGGCGGCGGCAGGCAGGGCGCGCAGCACGCCGCCGCCAACGCGAGGACCGGCGUCACCCUGGCGGAGGCCCUGCGCAUCCUCAACGCGGAGCGGCCCGAUCAGACCGAGCUGAUCGAGCGGAACUACAAGUACCUCAUGGAGGCGAACGACAGGUCGAAGGGCGGCUCGUUCUACCUGCAGUCCAAGAUCGUCCGUGCCAAGGAGCGCAUCGACGAGGAGCUGGGGACCGCGAAGGGGACGACGACGCCGCCGCCGCCGCCGCCGCAGGGAAGCUCGACGAGCGGUCAAGAAGCUUCCAAGGAGCCAUGAGACUCGCCCCUAGUCUAAAUUAUUCUAAUUCUAGACACCUGUACAUAACGUCAUAAUAAACAGUAGAUUCUGAUAUUGACUGGAA